CACAGUAACAUUACUCUGGUGUUUUCUGUUUUUUAUCAAGUUUCCAGAGCCUCACCAGCACCAGGACCCGCAUGUCUGAUGUCUCCUCCUAACUUCCCGGCGCUGUCUCGUUAAAGUGAGGAGCGCGAUGAGGACAAGUAUAAGGUGUUCCAUUCCAAGAUGCGUCACUGGAAAGAGGAUCUGAUGCUCUGUAAUGGCUGAUAUGCAGUACGACAGUUUGGGCGCGUGUAUUACAUCGUGGCCAGCGGCUGUGAUGCUGGGGAUGCUGCGUCGUGCGUCAGGCAGCGGCUGGAAAGAUGGUGUCUCCCUACCUAUCUUGAACUCUCGCCAGUCCCAGUGUGGAGAGCGAGAGUGUCACAUCCCCCUCUUCCUCCUCCUUCCCCCUUCCCCUCCUGAGACAGACUGGCUGGCUCCGAGCACUGCGUGAAGGGAAAAUGUGAAUAUAAAGUAGUGGUGGUGAUUGACAAGUUGAGUUCUCCUGAUUCUCGUAAAGACCAACACGAGUUUUUUUCCUCCUCCUUUUCUCGCGCGGUAAUAAAGUUGUUCGGUCUUUUGUGGUCUCAGAGUUUUACGAGGAAAGAAGAGAUGGUGCGGUAAAAAAAAAAAAGAAAGAAAGAAAAUGUAAUAAGAAACGAAGGAAAACUGUAGGAAAUUAAAAGCCAUCUGACUUACCUGUGGCUUCGUUACCUGAAGGAAAAAGGAAGAGAUUAAUAAGUUUUCUCUGAAGUUCCUCCCCUCUGAUGAUUUCUCCUGCCUGGUAAUGCAGGCGACUUUUCCUCCGUACAUAGACGUGCCGGUGGCGCAGCAAGAAUGAGUCCGCUGUUUAAAAUAUUCGCCGCGUGCUGCACCUGCCUGCUGGCAGCCUGUAGUGGCGUGGGAGGAUUUGCACCCAGUAUAGACAUUCCGGCGACCACCACGGAGCCGCCCCCCACCACACCAGACCCCGCCACGCUGCCCUACUUCCUGCACCACCUCAACGCCACCAAUGUCACCGUGAGCAGAGGCAAGGCGGCGAUCCUGGACUGCCAAGUAUUCCGCCUGCGAGACAGAACCGUGUCGUGGGUACGCAGGCAAGGUGAUUCAAUACAACUGCUCACCAUCGGCUCUAGCACCUACCAGAACAACGGCAGAUAUCAGCUUGAGGUCGAGGAGCCGAACACGUGGCGCCUGGUGGUCACAGCAGCUGAGGAGUCUGACAGAGGCCACUACGAAUGCCAAGUGUCCUCGCACCCACCCAAGAUUAAGAGAGUUCACCUCCAAGUGUACGUGCCUCGCCUGGAGAUCUUCGAUGCGCGAGGCGAGGCGAUUCAAGAGAAGUUUUACGAGGUCGGGUCAAGCAUUGAUCUCCGCUGCGACGCCUUCCACGUGCCCAGGGACGCCGUGGUUUGGUCCAGGGGCGGCGCCGUGGUGUAUCACUCCCCCGAGACUGGCAUCAGCGUGGAGACGACUUCGGGCGCGCAGGGUCCCGUAUCGUGGCUGAGGGUCAAGGCUGCCUCUACCGCGGACUCUGGGAACUACAGCUGCAGCGCCGCCGAGGCUGAACCCGCCACCGUCCGCAUCCAGGUGCUCGAAGGCGACACCUCGGCGGCGAUGCAGCACUCCACCAACUCCUCCUCCGCCGCCCACCGCGCCGUGCACGCCUCCGUCAGCACCAUAAUCCGCCUGCUGAGCCUGUCUUUAGUGCUAUGGGUGCGUUGCUAGGUGCGGGCGCGGGCGCGUGGCCUCUGAUACACCAAGUACUUCACAAUGUUCACCUUCACGGCGGAGGAAGGAGAGAACACGGAGCAGGGAGCGGCCGCACUUGUUUUCUACAAGCUGGGACUUGUUUUGGUGUGUGAUCCUCACACCACCACACCACCACACCGGCCGCCACCAGCGUGCUUCACACUACCAUGAUAUAUAUAUAUAUAUAUAUAUAUAUAUAUAUAUAUAUAUAUAUAUAUAUAUAUAUAUAUAUAUAUAUAUAUAUAUAUAUAUAUAUAUAUAUAUAUAUAUACUAUGGAGGUGAUUUGUGUAUAAAUAUAAAAUUGCAUUGUUUAUAACGCUGUUUAUGCUAAUGAUUGUGGAGAGAGAGAGAGAGAGAGAGAGAGAGAGAGAGAGAGAGAGAGAGAGAGAGAGAGAGAGAGUUUUCAUAUAGGUGUGAAUGAAAUGAUAGAAACGAAAUUGUAUUCCGCUGUCGGAGUAGCGCGGCCCCCGGGGCGUGGCGGCGGCGCGGCGCCUGCUCCUGGUGAUGGUGGCGUGUGUUCCUUGCUCUCCAUUAUUUACCGCUGGCCUGGCCGGCGCGGUAAUUAGAGUCUGCUCUAAUGUCUCUUAUGGAUACGAAUUACUGAAGUGCUUCGGAAAUUAGAUUAUCAUUACCGAGUAUUCAUUUAUUUCAGCGAGUGUUAAAUUGUUGAGUCAUAUUAAUAUUCAUCACAAGAGUACUUUGACGCACAGCGAUGAAACGAAGUAUUAAACCACUUGAAAUAUAUAUGAAAUUGAAGGGACUUCGAACGACAGGAGUGAGAACUGACAAUACAUCAGCUUUGGAGUUACGAGAUUUCCAAUGACAGGAAUCACGAACAAAGGACGCAGGGGCAGCAGGAACAGCUCUGGGUCAUUGAUGUUGUUGAUGUACAGGACAGCGUUCCCUCUGCAUGCUGACUCACUCCUGGGAUCCUUUCUGUUACUGAUUCUAUUUGAGUUUGUUAAUAUGAGCGGAAAAUGUUACAAGAUCUUGGUUUCCAUUGCAAGAUUAAUGAGUAAGGAUAUAAUAUUGACAAACUGAUACUUUGACAAACAAAACGAAUAUAUCAGAAGCACAACACAAACAGCGAAGCGAGACGGAGGUGGUUUGGGCUUGUCAGGAGGAGGGACGAGGACUGAGGAGUGUGUGCAGAGAAGAAUACCGGAGAAAGAGAGGAAGGUUUGAGACAAGGUUAUGGAUGCAGUGAAAGACUUGCUUGUAGUGAGUGUGAGUGAGGAAGGCGCAGAAAACCGAGCGUGUUGGGCAAAGAUGAUCAGCUGUGGCGACCUCUUACAGGAGCAGCCGAAAGAAGACAGUGUUUAUGUGCAUGCAUGUGUGUGUGUAUAGAAUUAUGUGUGUGUUUGUGUGUCUGUAAGCGCGCACCUCGUAUUUUCAUCGAGACAGUGUAUACUUACAUGCAUAUUAAGAUAUUUACACAUGUCCAUUUUAUACUAAAGAUAGUGUGCUUACAUGUAUACGUAUGUGUAUGUAUACCUAUGUGUACCGACAAGACCACGUCCCCUAAACACCGCCACCACCGCCACUACUACCACCACCACCACCACCACCGCGAUCAUAACUCCCGCAGUUCAAGAGGAGAAUUCGGCUUCGUAACUUUCGGACCGGGAACGUUUUGAGUGAGCAAGUUCGGUCCAGAUGUUGUUAAAUAAACAAAUGCUAUACAAAUGCCUUUAAAAAUUCACUGAUGGACAAAAAAAAAAAAUGGAAAAGAUGACAAUGAAAGGAAAGUUAAGAAUGAAGAAGUUACGCUGUGCAGUGAAUGAUGUAUGAACAUCCGUAAAAUUAACUAGAAAUAAACGAAAUAAACUAUAAAAAGUGUUACAAAUCCGACUUCACAGAUAAACGAAAACCUGAAACAUAAAGAAAGUCGAGUUUAGUGUGAAAAAAUGAAAAAUAAAUAAGAAUAGAGAAGAUGAAUGUGCAUUAAAUUAUAUAUAAAUAAAAACAGAUGUAUAUUCUUAAAGAUAUAGAAAAACGUAAAAGGAAUCUAUAAACUUAAAAAAAAAAAAAAAACAAAGUUGAAUUUUAAGUUACGUGAAUGAAACAAGUAUGUAAAUGAAAUAAAGAAUAUCCAAGGGUCCAAAAAUAGGGAAAAAAAUCACCGAUGAAACAUUCCAGGUAAAGCAAGAGAAAGUUGAGGUUACCUGGAACAUUCAUUUCUGUGUGAAGUGCGUUGAAAAAAAAAAAAAAAAAAAAAAACUAAAACUAACUUAUGAAAAUUUGCAAAUCAAAAGGAACUUGAAAAUUAAUUAAAUACUGACUAAACACUGAUGAACCUUUGCAAAAAGUGAAUAAAAAUAGAAUAAGAAACUAGAAGAAAAAAGGAGGGAUUCAAAGGCGCACGAAUGAAAAUAAACACUUACAAACAAACAAACAAACAAGCAAACACUGACGAUACUUCAGAAAUAAGACAACAAACCCGAAAAUAGAAAAAAAAAAAAAAAGACGAAGAAAAUAGGAUUCAAAAAUGCACGGAGGCCCAAAUGAAACCAAGGCCCGAAGCUCCGAGUCUGGUGCGGUGAUACAAAGGUUUCAAAAGACAGACUCUGAAGCCUCACAACUCAACCCCAAUACCGCGACUCCUCUUUGUUUCCUGAGACGAAUAAAAAAACAAGAAUACUC